UAUUUUAUAAUUAAUUUUGAGCAGUGUGCUAUUUUUCAAACUUUAUACCGUAGUAUUUUGGUAAAAUGAAAGAAGAAGAUAAACAGAAGAAAGAGGUAGUAAAAAACAAAGUCAAGCAUCGUGACUUCCUCUAUAAGCUCAUUCUCAGUCAGCUGGUGUAUGAUGACUUCAAGGAACUGGCCGAUAGUCUCAUGAAGACCUUGGAGAUGGAGGGCCCCCCACCGGCGCCCUCAGAGCGCCUCUUCCAUCUUACUCAGCUGGCUCUCACCCAUGAGCAUGAAAUGGAUCGAACAUUGAAUGUGGUUGAGCACACCCUGGGACCUGGUCUUGACCUGGAGUAUGAGACAGAACCUCAGUCGUCUGCACCCGAGCCUGCCAUGUACGAGACUGCCUAUGUCACCUCACAUAAGGACAAGUGCCACUCCGGUGCAUUCAGCCCCGAUGGCAACCUCGUGGCCACUGGGUCGGUGGACGCAUCCAUCAAAAUCCUUGACGUGGACAGGAUGCUGGCCAAAAGUGACCCUGAUGCAGUGGACAUGCAUCCUGAUGCUGUCAUGGGGCAUCCUGUCAUCAGGACCCUCUAUGAUCACCUGGAUGAGAUCACCUGUCUUGAAUUUCAUCCUAAAGAACAGAUUCUGAUCUCUGGCAGCAAGGAUACCAACAUCAAGCUCUUCGACUUCUCCAAGACCUCAGCCAAGAAAGCCUUCAAGACUUACACAGACGCUGAGCCCAUCACAAGUCUGAGUAUCCACCCAACGGGGGACUACAUUGUUGCCGGCAGCUCCAACGCAGCGGUGCGCGUCAUUGACCUGGCGACGUGUUGCUGCUUCGUCAGCCCUCGUCUCCACGAGCACCACACGCACCCCGUCACCUGCGUCAAGUACUCCAGCGACGCCAGGCUCUUUGUCUCCAGCUGUGCUGGAGGGGAUAUUAAGGUGUGGGACGGUGUGUCAGGUCGCUGCGUGCAGACCUUCUCUCGAUGUCACGAUGGCGCUGUCGUCACCUCUGUCACCUUCUCCCGUAACGGCAAGUACCUGCUUUCUGGAGCUAUGGACUCCGUAGUGCGGCUAUGGGAGCUCUCAACGGGACGCUGCCUCAUUGCUUACACUGGUGCGGGCACCCUGGCGUCACAGAACCACAGCACGUCUGCCAUCUUCAACCACACCGAAGACUUCGUGAUGUUCCCUGACGAGGCGACGACGUCGCUCUGCUCCUGGGAGAGCAGGAACGGCCAGCGCAAGAACCUUCUCUCGCUAGGUCACAACGGCCCCGUACGCUUCAUGGUACACUCGCCUUGCUCCCCCGCCUUCAUCACGUGCUCUGAUGACUACAGGGCGCGCUUCUGGUACCGCCGCAACGUCCACUGAACCUGCAUCUUGAUCGUCCAUCAUGAUGGCUGGCAGCAUCGUCCUUCACACUCACCACCUACAUCAUCUUAUAGCCUGAUAGUGAUAGUCUAUCAUGAUGGCUGGUAUCAUCGUCCUUCACACUCACCCCCUACAUCAUCUGACAGCCAGCCCCAUAUUCCUGAAUCAUUACAGCCAGCAUCAUAUUACUGCAUUGCGACAGCAAGCAUCAUAGUCCUGCAUCAUGACAGCCAGCAUCAUAGUUCACCAUGAGAGCAAGAAUUGCUGCCCUCCAUCAUUUGUCCAUUAUGACGACCACCAUUAUCGUCCAUCGUCAUCAUCAUCAACAUCAUCCGUAGCCUGAAAGAAGCACGUCGUUUCAUGGCAGGAUCUCGUAAGAUUUUUCAGCCUGUCGCAUUUGUGUGACGCCAAAUGUUACUCUGGAUCUAUCACUGAUCAAUUUUUUUUCAAACGAGGUUUCAUUAUUUUGUUGGCUCCAGCUUUAGAAAGUUGAUGUGGUGGAAGACAUCUUAAUUUUUUGUAUCUUACCUCGUCUGUCGUUUCUAGGAGGUAAUUUUUAUAUGAAGUCUUAGGUUUGUUAAUAAAUUGCUUUAGUCCA